GCUAGUGACCGCCACUUGGUUAGGAGGAUUGAUCUAUACCUUCUUCAAAAGAUGCUAGUUGGCCUAGGAGACAUAGAAGGGAUACCACUACCACGACUCCUCCUAAAAAAUAUGAAAAAUGUGGUGAUCUCCAAACAAGGUUCAAAAAACUUUUGUCACCCGCUUUUACUCACCAAGAUUUUCAGGCACUUUCAGGUUGACCUUGAUGGAGAGGAAGUUGCUUAUACCAAUGAAUCUAAUGUCUUGGACAAAGAAACAAUGAUUGCCCUCAAGCAUAAACUGUCCAACUCUGGAAAAUGGUAUUUUGCCGACGGAAUAGGCUUGCACAGAGACGAUGAUGAAGUAAACGAGGAGGCCAUGGAAGAUGCUCACGAUGAUGAAGCCGCACCCGAACCACCACAGCCACCACACACCACCGAUCCCGCGAUGGCAUACUUGAUGCAUUCCAUGGCUCGAAUGCACACGCGGAUGGACGAGCAAGAAGCACGCCACCAAAGGUUUGAGGAGCGUUUCGACACAUUCACCAACUACUACUACUCCCAACAUGGGUACCCCCCUCCCGAUCCACACCAGUGACUCCCCUUUGCUCCUAUUUCAU